AUGAAAAGAGGAAUGUUUGUUAUGGUAAAACUUUGUUUAAAACGAUGUGGUAGAAAGCAACCUGUCUAUCGAAUCGUUGCAAUUGAUGUUCGAUCUCGAAGAGAAGGAAGAGAUCUUCAAAAAGUAGGUUUUUAUGAUCCGAUAAAGAAUCAAACUUGUUUAAAUGUUCCAGCUAUUCUCUAUUUCCUUGAAAAGGGUGCUCAACCAACAAGAACUGUUUAUGAUAUUUUAAGGAAGGCAGAAUUCUUUAAAGAAAAAGAAAGAACUUUAAGUUAA